AUGGAAGAACGGUUCUCUCCUGUGGACAGCCUGCCCGGUACGCCGGCGCCGGAUGUCCCCGUCCUCACGGUCUCUCCCGCCGACACCUCCCUGAAGGAACCCGAGGUGAAGACCGAAGAGAAGAAGUCGGAGGAGAAGAAACCCGCAAAGAAGAGAAAGUCUUGGGGACAAGAACUGCCUGUUCCAAAGACCAACCUCCCUCCAAGAAAACGCGCAAAGACGGAAGAUGAGAAAGAGCAGCGCCGGAUCGAACGAGUCCUUCGGAACCGGGCGGCCGCUCAAACCUCCCGCGAACGCAAGAGACUUGAAAUGGAGAAGUUGGAGAACGAGAAGAUCAAGAUGGAACAACAGAACCAGUUCCUGCUCCAGCGCUUGUCGCAGAUGGAAGCUGAGAACAACCGUCUGAACCAACAAGUCGCCCAGCUGGCCGCCGAGGUCCGUAGCUCCCGCGGGACUACCCCCAAGGCAGGCUCGCCGGCCUCUCCCUCGCCAACUCUCACCCCGACCUUGUUCAAACAAGAACACGAUGAACUCCCUCUGGAACGCAUCCCGUUCCCCACGCCCUCCACCACCGAUUACUCCCCCACCCUCAAGCCUUCCACUCUGGCUGAGUCUUCCGACCUGACACAACAUCCUGCAGCGAUGUUGUGUGACCUGCAGUGCGGUGAAUCUUACGCUGCAGAUGACCUUGCAGCUCCUCUUUCUGACGAUGACUUCCGCCGCCUAUUCCACGGUGAUUCACCCGCUGAGCCAGAUUCUUCAGUCAUUGAAGACGGGGUCCCCUUUGAACUUUUCGACGGCGGAGAUCUAUCAGCAUUUCCAUUUGAUUCUAUGGUUAAUUUCGACUCCGAGCCUGUCCCCCUCGAAGACAUCGAGUCGUCCCACCACCUUCCGGAUGAAGGUUCUCGCCAGACUGCUGGCGUGCAACCCGGCCUUGGCGCGUCCACUUCGCGAUGCGACGGGCAGAGCGUUGCAGCUGGCUGUUAG